GCAGGAUAUGAACCAGGCAUCAGCCAGGCCUCGCGAGACUAACUGGCGUCAUGUGACGGUCCCAUGAUCCUAUGCGGAAGAGGAAGGGAUUUCAUUAGGGACAACAACACGCUAACAUUAUCUGAUUAUAUUUUCCGCUUUUACCUUUACCUCGCCACCAUCAGCCCAGCAAUGGACGGACCUGUCAGAGCAGCUUCAGACGCAGGACCGCCGGCUUAUUACAGAGGAAAUGAAAGCUCCCUGGUUUCAGCCCUCAAGACACUGCUGUUCUUCACCAUCCUGAUGGUCACGCUGCCCAUUGGUCUCUACUUUGCAACAAAGGCGUACCUUUUUGAGGGUCCUAUGAAGAUGUCAAGCUCUGACAGCUACUUCUAUGCAGCCAUUGUUGCAGUGCUUGCUGUGCAUGUGGUUUUGGCUUUGUUUGUUUAUGUUGCCUGGAACGAAGGCACGCCUAAAGGGAAGGGCAAAGACGAUUAAGGCAUGUCCUUAUCAGCUCGUAAGACUGGAGGAGACGGGACAGACACGGGCAUGGAUCCGCAGGGGCCCCCCCACCCAACCCCCCCACUAUGGGCUCCAGCACUAAACACAGCACCAUCUACCAACCAGACAGUUAGGGGAUCUGGUUUGCGCUUAGGCUUUAACACAAGGUUAAAGCAUGAAACUACCGUACUGUUCUCUGGUAUGGGGGAGUGGAGGCUGUUAGGUGUGUUUUUCACCAGCCUCAGCAGGCCCGCUUAUUGACUUUUUGUUCUCUUAAAAUGUUACUUUUGUUGACAGAGACAGAGCUAUUUUUAUGAGGCUUUAUUAUAAGCUGCCAUUUGGCUAAGUGCUGUAAGUCCCUUCACAGAAAGAGUUUAUGUAGGAAAACAUCUUGGAUUUUGGAUGACGCGUGCGUGUGCAUGUGCACACACAUACAUGUGCUUGUAAUGUGAAUGUAUUAGGGAUUUGAUUCCAAAAUGCUCUAUGUCCAUUCUGUGAGAAUAUGCACUGCUUAUUUGAUCAUCCUGUCCUCAAAUUUCAGUUAUCUGCAUACAUUUUAAAGAUGACUCUUAACUUCAAUACAAACCCAUCACGUGCUUGACUUUCAUGCUGUACACUUUGGAUCAAAAUCUUCAUGACUUCUUGUCUUCAAAAUAUUCAGACUCAUUGGUUUGUCUUUGUAAACAAGUGUUUUUGUUUUUGUCUGAAAGUGUGUGUGUGUGU